AUGCCAUCAACACAUACUAUCGUAUCAGGUGAUACUCUUUGGCUAUUAUCUCGAAAGUAUGGUUGUACACUGAAAGAUAUAUUACAUGUUAACCCAGAUAUAGUACCAGAACAAUUACAAAUUGGUCGGAUUGUGUAUUUACCUAAGUCAGCUGCUACUUCAAUAUCAACAUCUAUAUCCACUAUUACAUCUGUGACCACUGCAACAAAUCAGCAAAAAAGUAUACCUAUUGAAGGGAACAAUAAUAAUGAAUCAAUUAUUGUUGGUUAUUUUACUUCUUGGUCGAUUUAUCAACGAAAGGUUUUUGUCAAUGAUAUUCCAGCUAAUAAAAUAACUCAUAUUAAUUAUGCAUUUGCUAAAAUUGGAUCAGAUGGUGAAAUUGAACGAGGUGAUAAUGAAGCUGAUACAAAGAAGCUUUUUCCAGAUGAUACCUGGAAUCAGCCAUUACGUGGUAAUUUUAAUCAAUUGGUCAAAAUUAAACAAAAAUAUCCUCAUUUACGUACUCUGAUUUCUGUGGGUGGAUGGACAUGGUCAAAAAAAUUUUCAGAUAUUACUGUGAAUGAUACAAGUCGAAAAAAAUUUGCAAAAUCAUGUGUUAAAUUUAUUGAAAAAUAUGCACUUGAUGGUAUUGAUCUUGAUUGAAAUUUUAUUUGUAAUUAUAUAGGAGGUUGGGAAACAAAGACAGGUCAUAAUGCUCCAUUAUACAAGAAUGAUGCUGAAACAGUUAAUAAUAUUGCUCCUGCUUUUAUAAAAUCAAAGUUUAAUAUUCAUGGUACUAUUCAAGCAUAUAUCGAUGCUGGUGUACCUCGAAGUAAAUUAAUUUUAGGCAUACCUCUUUAUGGGCGAGGUUGGACUGGCGUAACAAGUGCAGCUCAAAAUGGUUUUUCGCAGCCAGCAUCUGAUCAAUUACCGAUGGGCACGUGGGAAAAAGGAGUAUUUGAUUAUGAUCAUAUUAAACAUGGUCUUUGUUAA